AAGAAUAUAGAAACCAUCAAAACAUGGGCUUUUAUUGUCAUUCAUUAACUGAUAGUUUCAAACACGAUGUGAACUGAGGAUUUAUGAGAAUGAAUGGAGCAGAGCUGGAGAUCCUGCUUUAAUAAAAAUGUCAAAACAUUUAUCGAUGCCUUAGUCUCAGGAAUAUAAACAUGUUUUUCUACCUAGGACAAUAAAUUUACAAAAUGUGGCAAGUUUUUCCAACACAAUCAGCUGUAAAAGAACCUUGCCUGAAUAAAAGUAAUAAAACAAAAAUAAGCUAAGUUAUGAACGAUCUCAUUAAAGGAUAAAAAAACCAAAGUCUCUGACUAAGAAUUUGAUUCCAACCUUUAAUACUUGACAUUUUUGAUAGUGAACACCGGGGAUUUUUUUCUUUUGGUCCGUCCGUACAGUAUCGUAGUUUCCCACCUUUUUACCUGCACUUUAACUCACAUCUCAGCCUCUAAGGCAGACACACACCUCUGGGAGAUCUGAUUCUUUUCAUAACGCUGGUUAGAAGAUUAACUAGUGUCUCCGUUUACUCCCUCUAAAAUCCUGGUAGUUCAUGUUGUUUUGUUUUUUUUCGCUCUCCAGACGUUUUCUAGAAUGACGGCGGUCAAAUAGGAGGAGGGAUGAGUGACUUCGGACCAGCAGAGCUGAUCGCAGGCCUCUGUCACACAGACGGGGAGAAUCCUUUCCCUCUGUGGCAGAAUGGACUCGUCAGCCCCUGUUUUAACCAGCUCGUCCUCGGAGCGCUGCCUCAUGCUGGGAUCGCAGUUUUCAGCGCCUGCUACCUCGGCAUGGCAAGAUGCAGCCUCCUUCAGACGUCUCCUCCCUGCGGUUGGACGCUCAGGCUGGUGUCAGCUCUGCUGGCCGCGCUGCUCUUCACCGCAGACGUCGUCCUGGUGAGCGUCCUCCAGCAGGGGGACAUGUACCUGGAUCUUCUGUCGGACAGCUGUGCCGUCCUGGCCUGGCUGGUCCACUUCAGCGCCAUGACAGUGCUCCAGAAAACUGCUUUCAGGAGAACCAGAGGACCUCCACUGCUGUUUCUGCUGGUCCUUCUGUCAGUCCCCAACCUCGUCAUCACCUUGAUGAUUUACUGUGGAAGUGAAGGAUAUUUAAAUCUUACAGAGCCUCUUAAACUGGCUCGGUUUGUCCUCGCCUCGGCCCGGACGCUCCCUCUCCUGGUUUACCUCCUGGCAUUUGUGUUUCCCUGCAUCAGCGAUGCUGGAUACACCUUGUAUAUUAACGCCAUGGACGGAUCGCCGCUCAUCUCGGGGAGCACCCAGCCAGACACAGGUGAGAUGGUGGCCGAGGACUCGAGUGGCUGCGUCUCUCGACUCUUCUACCUGUGGCUGACUCCUCUCCUCAGACGAGGGCAGCGAGGGGAGCUGGACAGACCGGCUGACGUUUACCAUCUUCCCCGGAAACUUCGGACUAGUGUGGUUUGUCGAUACUUCCACCAGUGCUGGGAAGCCUGCCGACGGGGGGGAGCAGUCAGUGACGGGGGGGAUCAGUGGCCCAGGCCGGUCAGCAGGAACCUCCUGAACGGCACCUGGAGUUCACACUACCUGGAGGAACCACUGGAGCUGGAGGGGGACGUGGGACUGCUGAGGGUGCUGCACAAGGCCUUUGGGCUGCGGUAUUACACGCUGGGCGUGCUGAAGGUGGUGGUCAACAUGCUGAGCUUUGCAGGUCCCCUGCUCCUCAGCAGUCUGGUGAACUUCAUGGAGGAGGAGGGGGCGCCGGUGAGCACGGGAGCCUGGUGCGCACUGGGGCUUUUUGCCACCACCCUUCUCUCCUCCGUUCUCCGGAACAUCUUCGUCUUUGAGGUCUCCAAGGUGGCGCUGUCAGCACGCGCCGCUCUCGUGUCGGCCAUCUACAGCAAAGCCUUGCAGGUCAGCGGCAGCAGCCUGGCAGGGUGCACUCUGGGAGAGGUGGUGAACCUGAUGAGCACGGACACCGACCGCGUGGGAAACUUCUUCAACAGCUUCCACGAGCUGUGGAGCCUGCCCUUCCGAUUCUCCAUCACCCUCUACCUGCUGUACCUGCAGGUGGGCGUGGCCUUCCUCGGGGGGCUGGGCGUGGCCCUGCUGCUGGUGCCGUUCAAUAAGUUCCUCGCUUCCCGUAUCCUUAGCAACAACAAAGACAUGCUCAUGCACAAGGACAGCCGUGUUAAGCUCAUGACAGAAAUCCUCUUCGGCAUUCGCGUCAUCAAGUUCUACAACUGGGAGCCUCACUUUACCCAGAAGGUCGCCGAGUGCCGUAAACAAGAGCUGUCCCACCUCAAGGCCAUCAAAUACCUGGACGCCAUGUGCGUGUACACCUGGGCCGCGCUGCCCGUGGUCAUCUCCAUCCUCACCUUCGUGACGUACGUGAUGCUGGGACACCAGCUGACUGCAGCCAAGGUGUUCACCACGCUGGCUCUGGUGGGAAUGUUGAUCACCCCGCUCAACGCUUUCCCCUGGGUCCUCAACGGCAUCCUGGAGGCCAAAGUGUCUCUGGAGCGGAUCCAGCGCUUCUUCAAACUGACCAACCAGGACCUGCAGGCGUACUACGCCCUGGUGUCUCCUGAAGACAGUCAGACGUCGGUCCUGUUGAACCAGGGGACGUUUUCCUGGCAGAGGCCCGUCGACCACAGCAAAGAGGGAGAAACUGAAACUGGAGCUGCUAAAGGAAGUCUGAUGCUGCACAGCCUCAAUCUGCACAUAACUAAGGGCUCUCUGGUCGUUGUGGUUGGGAAGGCCGGCUGUGGAAAGAGUUCCUUACUGGCUGCUCUCACAGGAGAACUCAACAGGCGGAGCGGAGUGGUUUAUGUUGCGGACAGAGAGGCCGGCUUCGGCCUGGCCUCUCAGGAGCCGUGGAUCCAGCAUGCAUCAGUGCGGGCGAACAUCCUGUUUGGCAAAGACUACGACCCCACCUUCUACCAGGCCGUGAUCGAGGCCUGCGCUCUCUCAGAUGACCUCAACGUUUUGCCAAACGGCGACAAGACAGAAGUGGGAGAGAACGGAGUGACUCUGAGCGGAGGACAGAAAGCUCGGCUCGCCCUCGCCAGAGCUGUUUACAUGGACAAAGACAUCUACCUCCUCGACGAUCCGCUGGCAGCCGUCGAUACGGACGUGGCUGCACACCUCAUGCAGAAAUGCAUCAUGGAACUCCUCAGGGGAAAGACCAGAAUCCUUUGCACGCACCGUAUCGAGUUCGUGGACAAAGCUGACAUGAUGGUGCUCAUGGAGAACGGCACAAUAAUCAAAACAGGGACACCAGCAGAAAUCCUUCCUUUGGUCGAGGCGGUGCCGAAGAAACGCAAGAAUGAGCACAACGCGAAGGAGAAAGAUGGCGUGGAGCAGGAUGAGGACGAGGCGGCUUCGCCCCCUGAUCUGUGUGUGGAUGAUGAUCCCGACCUGUUGGCGGCGGAGCAGAAGCAGGCGGGCGGGCUGGCGUGGAGAGUUUACCAGACCUACUGGGUCGCUGUGGGCGGCGUGCUGGCCUCCUCCAUCCUCGUGUCUCUGCUCCUCAUGCAAGUCUCCAAGAACGUUUCUGACUGGUGGCUUUCACACUGGAUCUCUGAGCUGAAGAACAACGGCUCCUCCGCGGAUAACGGCUCCUUCACAGGUGCAUUCGGCUCGUCUCACCUGCUGCUCUUCUCACCUGGAGGAUUAAUGUCUCCUCUCGUCUCCUCCUCUGUGCAAACGUCUCCGUCGAGCAACAUGAGCUCCGAUGUCAAGUUUUACCUGACGGUGUACGCCUCCAUCGCCGCGGCCAACACCGUCUUCACCGCCCUCCGAGCCUUCCUGUUUGCCUACGGCGCCAUCUGUGCCGCCACGGCCGUCCACAACAGACUCCUGGACCGGGUCCUUAAGGCGACCGUGACCUUCUUCGACACGACCCCUCUGGGUCGCGUGCUCAACCGGUUCUCCUCCGACCUGUACAGCGUAGACGACAGCCUGCCGUUCAUCCUGAACAUCCUGCUGGCCAACGUCUUCGGCCUGCUGGGAAUGCUGGUGGUGAUAAGCUACGGCCUCCCCUGGGUCCUGUUGCCCCUGCUGCCCCUGGCUCUGCUUUACCACCGCACGCAGCACUUCUACCGGCACACGUCCCGGGAGCUGAAGCGCCUGUGCAGCGUCACCCUGUCGCCCGUCUACUCGCACUUCUCCGAGACGCUGACCGGGCUGGGAACCAUCCGGGCCAGCGGCAGCUCUGCCAGGUUUGAGGAGGAGAGCGCGAAACGUCUGGAGCAGAACCAACGCUGCCUGUUCCUCAGCAACGCCGCCAUGCAGUGGCUGGACAUCCGCCUGCAGCUGAUUGGAGUUGCCAUGGUGACGGGCCUCGCGGUGAUCGCCGUCGUCCAGCACCAGUUUCACUCCGUGGAUCCAGGUCUGGUGGGUCUGUCCCUGUCCUACGCGCUGUCCAUCACCACCCUGCUGUCCGGCCUCAUAUUCAGCUUCACUCAGACGGAGAUGCAGCUGGUGAGCGUGGAGCGGACGGAGGAAUACUCCACCGGCCUGCCCGCCGAGCCGCAGCACCACAACCCACAGCUCCCCGCCUCGUGGCCCGAGCAGGGCUGGCUGGAGUUUCGCGGCGCGGUGUUGGCGUACAGGGACGGUCUUCCUAACGCCCUGGACGGGGUGAGCCUGGUGAUGCGACCCGGGGAGAAGGUGGGCAUCGUGGGACGCACGGGCUCCGGCAAGUCCACCCUGUUCCUGGCCCUGUUCCGGAUGGUGGAGCUGAACCAGGGUCAGAUCCUCCUGGACGGGCUGGAUAUCAGCACGGUGGGCCUGGGUCAGCUCAGGUCCCGGUUGGCCAUCAUCCCUCAGGACCCCUUCCUGUUCAGCGGGACCAUCAGGGAGAAUCUGGACCCGUGCAGCCGACACCCAGACCAGCAGCUGCUGGACGUCCUGGACCAGUGUCACCUCAGCGCUGUGGUCAACAGGAUGGGUGGUCUGGAUGCUGAGGUCGGAGAACGGGGGAAAUUCUUCUCCGUGGGACAGAGACAGCUGCUGUGUCUGGCCAGAGCUCUGCUGACCCGGGCCAAGGUCCUGUGUAUCGAUGAAGCCACGGCCAGCGUGGACCAGAAGACGGACAAGCUGCUGCAGCAGACCAUCAGAGAGACGUUUCAGGACAAGACCGUCCUCACUAUCGCACACAGGAUCAACACCAUCAUGGACUGCGACAGGGUGCUGGUGAUGCAAGGCGGGAAGGUGGCAGAGUUUGACACGCCGACCGCUCUCUGCCAAAGUGACCGCUCCGUCUUCCACCGGCUGGUCGGUGGGAGGGGACAGUGAGAGACGACCGAGAGACACUGAGGAGGGAGUUUUUCAGAAAUCUGAAGAUAUAUUUUUUUACUUGAUCCGGGAGAAGUUUGCUGAGAACUCGCUUCCUUUGUCAGCGCCGUCCUUCUUCCCGCACAUUUACAACUUUAGCAUCACAUCUUUAAACUGACAAUAUUUCCUUUUAUGGUCUAAUAUGUUUUUUUGACAUUUAGUUUCUUUAAAUUGAUUAUUUUUAAUGGUAAAACAGCAUCGUCGUCCCCAGAAUUAUGUUCUUGUUGAGCUGAGUGAAAAACUACAAUAUCAUAAUUGGAAAGUUGAACACUCACGACUUCAAUGCAAUCGUGUAUUUCAGCUUGAAAAGACUGAGCCGUCCUUAGAUCGUUAGCUACGACUUUUAUGAGCUUAAAUAAAUGAUUGUUUCAAAGUUUAGAGUGUGUGGCUUUCCAAGUGGUACAGGUUUGUUUUUCUACCUGCUUGUUACACUGCAUAUUUCUCUUGCUAAGAAUUGUUAUAAUUUAUUAGUACAAGCAGGUAACUUAUGUAAAACUCUCCGGCAGUCUGUUCUUUUUUUAACGUAUGGAUUGUUUAUUGUUUUAUUUGGGGCCAUUAUGUUCUGCUGUUUCAUAGGCUCCUUUAAUCUUUAUAUGGUUUCUUAAGGGGAACAGUAGUUGUGCUCAUCUUGGAAUAUUUUGGAAAUAAUUUAAGAUGCGAAAAGGAAGAAAUAUAAAAAUGUAUUCCCUCUGUUAGCUGAGGGGGAAAUUUUGCUGCCUGGCAUGUUACAUUUAAAUCUAAAUUAUACAGAUGUGUAACGCUCUCCACUGAAACCCAGACUGUAGAAAUAAGUUUUAUUUAAAAUCCUCAGCUUCUGUUUUACACUUUCUCUGGAUUUAUUACAGCUCUUAAUGCAAAAAAAUAUCAGCAUACAGGUAAAGGAGAGGCCAGACGACACUGCAGGUUUGAAACAACAUCAGUCCAACUCUAAUAUGAAUCUGUAUGUCAGUAAUCUGUAUUCUCAAUGUUGCUUCUUUAAAGUGGGAGUUAAUGAUGGGUCAGAUAGUCUCUCUAAACGUACUGUUAUAUAGUAUUUUUUAUUCUUUUUCAUGUUAAAUGAGGGUUUAAAUCAACAUCUAUCCUCAAUGAAGUGUUGUCGUUUUGCAUGUUGAAAUAAUCUUCAUCCAUCCACCUGGAGCAACAUGGAUUUAAGGGCACAGUUACCUGACCCUAGAUCUGUUCUAGCUACCUCAGCUCUGAGGCCAGCCACUGAACAUUGUUAUAAAUACAUGCAAUAGUCCUGGAGAUCAGGCUGAAUGUCAUAGAAAUAACAACAUAUAGUGUAAUUUGGUGUUCCUCAGGGAAGCUGCUUUGGUCCCCUGCUUUUUAGUUAAACAUGUAUUUAUUGGUCGAUAUCUUCAGUGAACAUAAUGUUGAUUUCUGUUGCCAUGGUGAUGACACACUACUCUACAUCUCUGUUGAUAAACAUGAUGCAAUGCAUGAAAUUACCCGGUCUAUUUCUGUGUAGGCAGUCAAUAAAUGUAUGAGUAAUUACUUUUUCUUUAACAGUAAAUUAUAACUGAAAGAAACGAUUUUGAAAAACUUUUGGUUCAUGUCAGAUGUAUCGCCAGCGUGCAGCCAUGUGCAGUCCUGCAAGACGCUGAAAAGCCUUUAAUUCACUGCUUAAUUCAAGGCCUUUGAUACUAAUAUGAAGCUCUUAAUUUUCUUUUUUUUAAUCACCCUGACUGUUUUAUUCUAUAUUGGGAUGUUUCAGGGACAUACAGUUUGCCAACUAGAGCUGCAACUAUGGAUUAUUUUUGAUUAAUUGUUCAGUCUAUAAAAGAAACAGCAGAAAAAGCCCAUCACAAUAUCCUCGAGCAGAAGGAGACGUCAUUAAAUGUCUUUUUUGUCUCAUCAACAGUCAAAACCAUAUAAAAUAUUCACUUUAAGACCAAGAAAAGCAGCAAAUUCUAACAUUUGAGAACCGAAAAGAUCAAAUUUUUGCGCAUUUUUGCCUGAAAAAUGACUCACAAUUAGUGUGUAAUUGAGAGUUCAUUGUCUUUUGAUUGACGAAUCAAUUUAUCAAUUAAUUGUUGCAGCUCUGAUGUAAACUUUGAAUUAAAUUAUUUAAAUUCAAGCAUUGAUUGAAAGGAUUGUAUGACUGGUGUUGCAAUGUCAGAUGAAUAUCUCAGAGCCACCAGACCUACUGUUUGUGCAAUGUGACGAUACUGUGUGAAAUAUUUACAUUGAAAUGUUUAAUAAUAA